AAAGAUGCCCUUAUCACCAGGAGAAGCAGAAAUCGGAACAUAUUCGAAAAGGAAUAUAAUUUCCACAAGCAGUACAUCUCGACAUUCUUCGAAUGAUAUAACGCUUCCUUUAUCUUUUUUUAAUUUUUUUACAAUUUUAAAAAUUGUGUUUUUUGUAUGUGUUUUUUGUAUGUGUUUUUAAAUAUCUGUUUUAAAAACUGUCUUUUUUGUACAAAAAUUGUUUUAAAAAUUGUGUUUUUAACAAAUCAUUUUAAAACUUGUUCAACAAAUUAGAAAAUAAUGGGUCGAGUUAAAACCGUCACGGUUCAAAGAGGUGGUAUCCGUACCAGAGGUGGACGAGGACGGGGUACUACUGUUGCCCCACCUUUACGGCUGCCGCCAAAUACACUGGACGAGAAAAAUUCGAUUUUAACAAAAAUUGUUGCAAAUGCAACAGUAUUAGCAUUAAAUGCUUACUUUGGAGAAAAAGAGAUUGACGAAAAAAAGAAAAAAGAAGAAGAAGAAAAUAAAAAAAGAAGGAAAGAAGAAAAGGAAGAAAAUAAAAGAAGAGAGAAUGAAGAAGAAGAGAACGAAGAAGAAUUGGAGGAAGAAGAAGAAGGAGAAGAAGAAGAAGAUAGAGAUGUGCCAGAUUUAAAAAAAAAAAAACAUACUUUUAAAGUUAAUAAGGACGAUUAUUAUAACGAUCGGGAAAGCGAUCGUUAUAACGUUCGAAGAAGUGAUGAAAGGUACACUGUGUAUGACGAUUGUCAUGGAAGAUUCGGAGAUCGACGGUAUGAUCGUUAUGACUCUCGUCGUCAUAACGAUCAAUAUUACGAUCAGAAUUAUUAUCCUUAUGACAAUCGUCAUACGUAUCCAAGAAAUCACAGAAACGAACGAUAUAACGAUCGCAACGUUAAUCAGAGAAACGAUCGUUAUGACGAUCGAGAAUAUAGAAGAUAUGAUCGUUAUAGAGAUAAUUCCUCUGUAAGACGGGACGAUCGUUAUAAUAAUCGUCGAUAAAUAAAAAAAAAUUUUUAAUUAAAAAUAUAAAUUUUAAACAAAAAAAUUUUGUUAAAAAUUAUAAUAAGAAAAAAAAUUUCAGUUUUAAAAAAUAAUUUUAAAAAUUUUCAAUUUAAAUGCUUCAUUUGUAAAAUAGCAUUAAAAAAUUAUAAUAAAAAUUUUUUAAAUGCUUUCCAAUAA